AUGAUACAAAAAUACAAAGGAAAAUCGCUGGGAACGCUGCCUCCGCAUAUAUUUGCUACUGGUUUGUUUCUCAGCUUUUUCCUAUUGUUUAUAGCUGAUAAGGCUUAUCGGGAUAUGAUGCGUAACGGCGAAUCACAGUCAAUUGUCAUUUCUGGAGAAUCAGGAGCCGGUAAGACAGAGUCCCAAAAGCACAUUCUGCGCUUUUUAUGCGAAUCUUGGGGCAAAUCGCUUGGUACUAUCGAACAAAGCAUUUUGGAAAUAAGCACAAUUUUGGAGUCAUUUGGAAAUGCAAAAACAGCGCGCAAUAAUAACAGCAGCCGAUUUGGAAAAUUCAUCGAAAUACAUUUCGAUACAACGGGUACAAUUGUUGGUGGUUUUGUAUCGCAUUAUUUGCUGGAACGCUCCCGACUUUGUGGGCAGCAUACAAGCGAGCGAAAUUAUCACAUCUUUUUUCAACUGAUUGCCGGAGCUGAUGAACAAUUAGCUAACAGGCUAAAACUGACGAAACCCGAACAUUUUGAUGUUAGCUUGCAUUUGUUUUGUGCUGCUACAACUACACAAAAUGCGUUUUGUUUAAAAAUGUCGAAUGCAUAUUUAGUGGACGAUGUGGUAGAGGACUAUAAUGAUUUUCAAAAGUUGCUGCAAGCAUUCAGUCACAUCCGUGUCUCAGAUGAUGAACGAAAUGCAAUGUUUGAAGCUGUUGCUGCUGUUUUGCACCUUGGCAAUAUUAAAUUUGUUGAUGAAAUGAUCGGUUUUAAAAGUAAGUAUAUGUAG